AUGUCCUCGAGAUCGGUCGGUGUGAGACCAGCACACAAAUCGUUGAUCGAUCUUUUCGGCUUGGCUCUGCGGGAUUCUGCCAGUUCCAGCAACAAGUCCAGUUUCUCCUCCUUAUCCUUUGGGAUAGGGACCACUAAAUACAAUCAAGACAGAGAAAUAAGACUGAUACCCUGUUGUUGUUUCGCUUUGGCGAAAUUUCCAUUUGAGAGCCCCAAAACACUAAAUCUCAGACAACAGAACAUCAGAUUUCCAACAGUAUAUAAUGGCUGUGGCUUCUUUUUAUUUGGCCCAGCCAUGCUACUACUAGCGGUGUGUUUCUGUGUGCUUGUACUUGGUGGCGCGCGGGCGGACAACUCGUGGCUAUCGAACGGGAAACGAGCUCUCUAUGACGAGUACAAAAGCCAAUUGGACGCCUCUUUGGAGAAAGUUCCUCCUGGAGACAUGUUCGAGGAUCACCAGUUUUACAAAGACUAUAUGCGGCAACUUGCCGGCUUCUGUCAAAUCGCGUAUUGUCUCAACGACAAAAGCAGUCUUGUGGAGUUGUCUCACAACGAGUUCAGGUUCCCAGAGAAUCUUCUUCCCUACAGUCCAAUAGAUUAUAGAGAGAAAUUAAUUGCCAAGGACGGAUCGGAACAUCCUCGCUAUAACCUGACAAAACUGUUCGACAACGUUGAAGAGCCGGGACGGAUCAUCAGCCACGGCGGCGGCGAGGGCUACCUUCUUCUGGACCACAAACUCGGUCUGAUCAACGUGGUUUUCCGUGGAACCCACGAGUUCUCGCAAUGGUAUACCAAUUUGCACUUCAAGCCAGGACGGUACAAGCCAGUGACAAACGACUCGGAUUACUGGGAUCAGAUCGACUACAAACACAAAGAAGAGCUGAAACGCACAGCAGAGGAAAACCUCGAGGCAAACGACUACUUCGACUCUCCGCUGCUAUACGCGCACGCAGGCUUUUCACACGUUGCUUACGGAAUGGCGGUCCAGGUGCAUAACGAACUGUUCAAAUGGCUCGAAACGUAUCCGCACUACAGGGUCUGUGUCACCGGACACUCGAUGGGUGGAGCACUAGCCCAGCUAACCUCGCUAGACCUCCAAUUGCUGGGGAUAGACAACCUAAUGGUCAGUUUCAAUGCUCCCUCGGUGUUCUCACACCAGCUGGCCGCCAUUUACAACCGGCUGAUAGACCAGGCUCCCAAAGCCGGAGCUGUUCGUGUUUACCAUUUUUUUGACCUGGUGCCGCGAAUUCUGCCUUACUCUCUGUACCGUCACGUUGGGAUCCCAGUAGUGACUUUCAAACGCGACUUGCCGCAUGCACACACCGAUUUCCGCAUGGCAUCUUCGAACAAGCUACCAAGCAUUUCUGAGGAAAAAGAUCUCCCGCUAGAUGAAACGGUGGAGGUUGCAAACUUCAUCACGUCUAAGCUGAAGAAGGAAGCGGCUAAAUUUUGGCGUCGCCGACCAGAGAUCCUAGACCCUUUCUACCAUCGCCAUCUGGUUGUGUUCUUCUCCGCUUGGAAUUUUGCAUUGAUUGAUUAUUUCCACGAGCUGUCUUUGUUCAAAGAUGGCGACAGCAUCAAUUUUCAAAAGGCGUCCACCACAUUGGACGGAUGUGUAAAGAUCUACGCUUCCAGAAUCGACUCGGCCGCGUCGGAAACAGGAAGACUGCUUUCUGGUCUGACAUCCAACAAUCUAGAAACAGUGGACGAAGAGGAGGAGGACGAAAACGACGCGCAAACAGCAGCAUCUACCAAACCGAAAACACGAAAACACAGAGCAGAGUCCACUUUGGCGAAAAAGUUUCAGACGAUCAAGUUGAAGGAGGUGGAAAAAGAGCUUUUCGUGGAUCCGAUCUUUAAAAAGGCUCUCUCAGAUUUCGACGAAGGCGGAGCCAAGAGUCUUCUGACCAACAUGUUGAAGAUCAAUCCGCAGGGUCGUGUUGUUUUUGACACAAGUGAAAAGUCCAACGAGAUGGUGAUGGAAGAUACUGAGGAGGAUGAGGAACCUGCUGCACCUACAAGGUCCAAGGUCGAUAUUUCUAAACUCUCUCACUUCUUCUCUCCACCAGAGGGGGACAGCACUGUCUGUCCAUCGAUCGAACAACUGGAGCGCAUUACAACCGAAGGAGCAAGCGCCACUGCUCUUUUGGAACAGAUCGGACAAAUCGAGUUCCCUGAAGAACAACCUGUGUUUCAAGAGAACGACAAUAUCGAUUUUGGAGCGGACGAUUGGGGCAACGAGGACGAAGAUGACGAUGAAGGCGAUCAAGGAGAUGAUCCAACGAGGAAGAAUGCGAGAACGCAAUACUCUUUAUUCAUCGACGGCGUGGAAGAAAGCGACCGUUCGGGACCUAAUCUGACACUUACAAGAUUGUUUGACGAGAACCAGACUGCUGCAUUUGAUGACGAAGAUGAGGAGGGAGGACGAAGCAUGGCGGAGUAUUUUGAUACGAUGUCGAGACAGAACUGGCGUGGACCAGAGCAUUGGAAGAUUGCCAUGGUGAAACAAGCACAUCAAAAGAGUGCUACGCUGGAUAUUCUUCCUACUGACGUGAAGGAAACAAACAACGAGCAUCCGGAAGAAGAUUUUGUGCAGAAAGCGACCGCAAAGCGCGCAAAGGCAGUGUUUACGCUCAACUUCAUGGACGACGAACAGGACGUUGAUGAAAAUGAGCUGUUUGCAACGCCGACGAACGCUUCCAAGUUGCUCCUUCCUGAGAAAGAGAGAGGACUACAUCCGACCGCCAACAUGCUACCUGAGGACCUGCAGUUUACCACGAAGCGGCUGAUCUGCCUGAACAUCAAGCCGAGCCAAAAGAUCAAUACCAUUCUGACGAAGAAGAAAAAGAAGGUGGCCCAGCGGCUGGGCUACGACGACGAGAGAAUAGCUGACGAGAACUUCUUUGCAAACACAUACAAAGAGCAGGGCGACCAACAGAAUGACAACCCGGACCAAGGGUUUGACGGGGAUUUUUUCAACGCUGAGUACGACCACCAUGACGACGACAAUGACGAUGACGACGACAUCCCGGAUCUCCCAUUGAGCUCGCAGCCGUUGUUCUCGCAAUCGCAGAAACGUCCAGGAAACCUUGGGUAUGCGAGAGUCGCCAAGAAGGUGAACGUGAAGCUGUUGAAGGACAAUCUCUGGGAGUCGUUGGAGACAGAGUCUCAGCGGAACAAGAGAGACGCGUCUGUUCUGGACGAUGAUAAAGAGAACGGUCCUCCAGAACCGCAAGAAAAGACAGAAAAACCGGACGAGAACACACUCAAGUUCACCCAGAUCGUCAACAAGCUGUCGACCAAGUACUCCAAGGAGGAGAAAUCGGAGCUCUCGACGAUGCUCGACAAGAACCUCGUCUUGCGGUCCGAGGAUCUGCUGCUUCUCCAAAUCGAUGGUGAUCUGCUGCUUGGAAACAGCAAACGGAUAGAUCUUCUCCUUGAUGAUCUCCUGAGGAACUCUAAUUGGGAGCAAUCCGUUCUUGAACGAGUUGUUGUAGAAGAUGUCUCCGAAAGAUGGGGCAAUGAUCGAUCUGAUACCAAAGUCCUUCAAAGCCCAUGGAGCGUGUUCUCUGGACGAUCCGCAUCCAAAGUUGUCACCGGUCACACAAAGGAUCUGGGCCUUGGUGUAUGGCUCGACGUUCAGGACGAAGUCGGUAGGAACGUCAUUUCCGUUCUUGUCCUGGGUGAAUCUGGACUCGUAGAACAAACCGGCUCUCAAACCGGUUCUCUUGAUGGUCUUGAGGAACUGCUUCGGAAUGAUGGCGUCGGUGUCGACGUUGGCACGGUCGAGAGGAGCGGCAAUCGACGUCAAGGUGAUGAACUUCUGCAUGCCUGCUCCGCCCGCAGAUGGUGGUGCGCUCGCGUCCACCGACUCCUUGGUCACGUGAUCAGAUGGAGGCACGUCAUUGACCUCGUCCUCUUGCUGCUCGUCGGCAGAUUCGCCUGGAGCAAGAGGCUCCUUCUCGUGCUCGUACACGGCCUCCUGCAAAGCCUGGCUUUCGUCCUGGGAGUCGAGCUUGAUCUUUGGCUGGGCUGGAUCCUCGUUAGCACCCUGUCUACCGACGAAAUUUCUGUUCGAGGUGGAUGCACAUCUCUCAUAUGGGUUGAGGAUAUCUGGGUUCAUACCAAGACACAUCGAGCAACCGGCUUCUCUCCAUUCGAAACCAGCAGCCUCGAAGAUCUUGUCGAGACCUUCUCUCUCGGCCUGCUGUUUAAUAAGACCGGAUCCUGGAACAACCAUGGCGGUCUUGACGUUGUCGGCCUUCUUAUGUCCUCUAACAACCUUGGCAGCAGCUCUCAGGUCCUCAAUACGCGAGUUGGUACAAGAACCAAUAAACACCUUGUCGAUGGAAAUGUCCUGCAAUGGAGUGUUUGGCUCGAGACCCAUGUACUUCAAAGCAGCCUCAACACCGCUCUUGGCAAUAGGGUCCGAGAAGUUGACUGGGUCUGGCACCUUUCCGGUGAUUGGAAGAGCGUCCUGAGGAGAAUUACCCCAGGUAAUGGUUGGCACGAUAUCGGAGGCCUUGAUCUUGAUGUCGUAGUCGAACUUGGCGCCCUCGUCGGACUUGAGCGACUUCCAGUACUUGACGGCUUUUUCCCAUUCGGCUCCCUUUGGAGCAAGCGGACGGCCCUUGAUGUAGUUGAAAGUGGUCUCGUCUGGCUCAAUCAUACCGGCUCUGGCACCGGCCUCGAUCGCCAUGUUACAGAUGGACAUUCUGGCCUCCAUCGAGAGGUCUCUGAUACUCUCUCCGGCAAACUCGAUCACGUGACCAGUUCCUCCGGCAGUACCAAUAACUCCGAUGACGUGAAGAACAAGGUCCUUGGAGGUGAUACCUGGCGAAAGUUUGCCCUCGAUGGUGAUUCUCAUGUUCUUGGACUUGGCCUGGAUCAAAUCUCCGCAAACAACGGUGGUUCCUGGCAAGGUGAAACCUUGCUCUGGUCCCACAACGUGCACAAUACCCUGUCUGGAGUCGGUCAUACCGAAAUACGUGAGAUCAAAGUCCUUCACGUUGUCUUCCAAAGUCUGCACCUGGAGUCUGGAAUCGUCUUGUUUGAUGAAACUGUUGAGGUUCUUGAAGCUUUUUCUGGAAUCGGUAGGAAUGUUGUGGUCGACAGUGGCGAGAGUACAGUCUGGUCUUCUGACUUUUCUGUUUGCGUUCUUCAAGCCUUCAAAAGCCUGAGGACUGGUCACUUCGUGGACCAAGUGUCUGUCGAUAUAUAUCAAGUAGGAGCCCGAGUCGUCCUUGUGGACAACGUGGUCCUCAAAGACCUUGUCAACGGCACCAUUGAGUGCGCAGCAUCGCCAAUGAUGAUACACUUGUCCUCAAAGUUGUACUUGUUGCAAUUGACCUGCAUCAAAGCUCCGCGCGGGUUGUUCAGGAAACAGUCCACUACCUUGUUAAGUCCGAUCAGAUCCACAGCGUCCACAAAGUUCUCCACGAAAAACGACUCCACUUUGUCCUUGGUAUCCAGCGACUCCACAAGAUCCCACGAUCCAAAGAAAGUCGACGUAAACGAGCCGUCCUGGUUUGCCAGUGCGAUCAGCAUGGUCUUUGAUCUGCACAUUGGUCACUUUGCACUCAAAUUUGAGACUGAUUUUGUGCUCGGUGGUCUUGUUAAACCGCUCAAUCUCCUCCACCAGGCUCAAAUUAAGCUGUUUGCGAUCAAUAGAGUUGAUGGACUCUCCAAACAGCCCGUACAACUGCGACUCCUGGUUACCUUCCAAAUCGUGGAUCAUUCGCCCGUACAUUGGGAUGAUCCCCUCCAAAACACGGUCGGCCAUCGACUCGUCAACGUACUUCAGCGCCCGGAUCCCGCGCUCGCUCACAGCCAGAUUAAUCGACCGGAAAUUGUUCUCCUUCGUCCGUUCACCAUACCGAACCCGAGCUUGGCGAACGACUGGGUCACCUUUUCUGUGGCUGGAGACGAUGGUUUAGGAGCAGCAAUGGUGGAACUGACAGACGUUUGUCUUGGAGUAGCGACCGACGCAACGGGCUCGGCCUCUUUCGGAUCAUACCCGAGGGUCUUAGCCUCUUCCUCCUCCUGCUGUGCAUUCUUUUCGAAAUCGUCAAAAUCGAUGUCGGCAGCCACUUUCUUGACACCCAGUCUAGCCUUGUUUCUGUUGACAGAAGAACCACCUAGAAUGCUUUUCUUGGCGCCCAAGUUGGUCUUCUGCACAACUCUCGGCUUUGAUCCGCCCAGAGAAAGAGUAGGCUUUUCUGCAGCGGCUGGCUUGUUGGAGGGCGUAAUUGGUCUGGAUCCUAAAGGCGACGGAGUGGCAGACGGUUUUUCCCAUUUGCUGAAGAAAUUAUUCGAAUCAGAAUCGCCGCUGUCCUCGGACUCUAGAUCAAUGACCCCGUCAUCCCACUCCAACACGUUCGGAUGGUUUUUGGCGUCCAAUGCUGCCUUCUUCUCCAAUUUAUCCUUCUUAGAUUACACUCCAUCCACUUUCAUCUGUUUCCUCCACUUACCAUCCACCCAUCCACCAAUUCCCACAUGCACCACUGCCCAUCAUCCAUCGCGCCCAUCUUGGCGCCUCGACCCUGGUCACCCACCUCAGCCUUUAUCUAACGGUCACGCGGGCUUAGAAAACCAGCGUAGGGCUGUGCAAAAUUCAGGGUCCUAUAUAAAACAUUUUCCCAAACAAUUCCAUAUCAACAUGGCCGAUGAAAUUGAGAAAACCGAGUCUGCCCAGACGGUACCGAUGAUGUCUGCCGCAGGCAGUGUUGACAGAUACGCCCCUGGACAGGAAAGCCAGAACUCUGCUUCCGUGCCAAAGAGGAAGAAGGUCCAGCGAACCGUCACUACUCCUGGACGGUUCCAAACUGAAAUUAAGAUCGAUGAAAGACUCAUAGAGAAAUACCCAACGGUGAAAUCCGAGGCCAGCUGGUUCUACCGGUUUAUCGCAUUCAUGAAGCACAUCAGACACCUUCUGUUUGACGAUAUGCUGGAAUUCAUUGACAGUUGCUAUUCUGGGUUCUGGAAAUGGCCAGUGAUGGUGUCUCUUCUCCAGAAGUACGAGGCCAACAAGGACAGAAAGUACGUGGGGACCAUACUGCAGGUGAUAAAACUGCUUUUAGCGACAAGAACAGUGAUCUUCCUGCCAUUGUUCCCUGUUGGAAUUGUGCUCUACGCCCGUAAGAAAGAUAUAGGAGCAGUUAUCACUUUGGUCUUGGCAUUGAUGUACUUUGCCAAGAUUUUGUCCAACGUUACCGAGCAUGCAGAACACCACGUCGGUCCUGCUCUGGGGGCUCUUUUAAACGCCACGUUUGGUAAUCUGGUCGAACUUAUCAUUUCCGGUACCACGGUUUCCAAGGACGACGCCACUUUGACCAUUACUUCGCUUGUUGGAUCGGUGAUAUCCAACAACCUUCUUGUGAUUGGCUCGUGUUUCUUCUUUGGCGGUCUCGAUAGUGCUCUGAUCGCCAAAACCGCAGUGAAAGGUAUUGCCAACCACCUGUUUUUCCUCACCUGUAUUACGUUGCUGCUCAGCAUGAUGUCUGUGAUCUCGCUUAUUGACCCGGGAAAAAGCAUCAAGUUCAAGAUGGACACGUCUCAGAUCGGAGCAUCGUUCAUCUUUGUUGUGUAUGUCACGUACCUGAUCGUGUCAACCAACGAGGAGUUCAAAGCAAUGAAAAGAAUCAAGCUCAAGGAGAGACAGGACAGGGAGCUCUCGGAAAGCCAGGCCACCGACUCGUCGGAUUCAGAUUCCGACUCCGACACUGAGUCCGAGUCAGACGAAAAAGAAGAGUUCUUCCCUCUCAGAGUCUGUUUCAUUGCUCUUCUUGUGUCGGUGGCCGGUUUGGGUCCAACGUCCAACUUUUUUGUGGAGGCUCUGAAAGAACUCACCGACGACAAGCCAAUCUCUAAGGUGUUCAUCGGUAUGGUGAUUCUGCCAUUGGCAGGAUCUUUGCCAGAGCACAUCUCCUCGUUAAUCAGUGCGCAUCACGACAACAUGGCUCUUUCUGUUUCGUUGGCCAUUGGGUCGUCCAACCAGGUUUUGGGAAUGGUGCUACCAAUCAUCCAGUUCAUCUCGUCCCACUACCCAUCCACCGGGUUCUCCUUAUACAUCGAGCCCUAUGUUGCUGCCGCUGCGGAAAUUCCCGUUGUAGGUGAGGUACGAGUAAACGAUCGUAGACACUCCCAGCAAGAAGCUGUACGCAGUGAUGAGGUUGUGGAGACGCAGCCGGUAUGGGACCUCGAUAUCAAACUUUUUGAGGUUCUCGAAGAUGGCCACGGAUGCCAGGAUUGGCAGCACCGUAACGCUGAACCAGGAAAGAAUCGCUAUAGAUAUAGUGACCGCAGUCAGCAGGAACGGGAACACAUUGGCCAUGCAGAAGUCCUUCGCCCAUUUGGCAGCUGCCACCGUGCUGGCCACGAUGCUCUGUUGGUCCGCCGAGUGGUGUUUCCAGGCAAUGUCGAGUCCACGGAUUACCAGGUGGAACACGGCGUGGCCCAGGAACAGCUCGGUCACGUCCAGCCUCGAAGACCGCGGGAGAAUGACGUGGAACAGACGAAUAGCCACAGACAGCCAAGAAACGCAUACACCCGGAGCGUGAAGCGCGGAGGACGGUACACGAUGGUGUAUGAGGUAAUGGAAACCAGCUCUUCGUCUCCGUACGGGUUGCGUUUGGCCUCUGAGUCGUCAUCGUCUUUGACGGGAACCAAUGGGAUGUCGUUCUUGGUGACAGGAACAAACAGUUUUUUGAUGAACGAGUGCGAGACGUUGUCGUCGUCUGGUGCUCUCACAAAAGUCCCAUCUGGAACGAAGCAGCAGCUGAUCUCUGGGUGUUGCUCAAAGAAGCCGCGAGUCUCCGAACGCGGCACAGGUUGGGAAUAG